AGCUCUGAGGAUCACAGACUGAAGAACACCGCGGUUCAGAAGGGGAGCUGUGCUCUGUGUGUGUCUCUUUCUCUCUCCCUCUCUCUCUCUCCCCCUCUCUCUCUCCCCUUCUCUUCCUCCACCCCGCCCCCACCCCUCUCUGAAUCGGCAAAGCUGAAGUCUAUAUGAUAAUCUCUCUGCCUCUGAAUCCAGCUCUGGAAGCGAACGCAUCAUUUUACUGCUCUUAAAAAGUGAAUAGAGUUUGAUUGUCUCAAGCUACAAACUGCUUUGCUCCCUGAGAAGGACCCGAAAGGAUCCAGACAGCAUUGUUUCCAAUCUGCCUGAGGAGCUUUUGCUUUCACGCCUGAAACUUGAUGGUUUCAGAAGCGAGGUUUUGGUUUGCUUGUUUUUAAUUGAAAUGUUGAAAAGUUUCUUAUUGAUGCUUUAAAUGGAAUUCAAUUUUUAAAUAUGGGUUGAGUCAGAUCCAAAGGAGAAAUGCCUGACCAUUUUUUUUUUUUCUGCUCGGCUGACGGGGGAACCUCUACAGGGAAACUUAGUAGAAGAAAAUGAGAUCUGAUUUGCAACUAACAGCCAUGCUGUGUUUUGAAAGGGAAAUUAAAUAUUGACCAAGGACAAUGUCUGUAUUUCUCAGUAACUUAUCAACAAAUGACUCUAGCCUAUGGAAAGAAAAUCUUAAUUCGACAGACCUUUUAAAUCCGCCAGGAACUCUGAAUAUCUAUCUUUUUUGCCUGACAUGCUUAUUGACUGUGGCCGCCCUGGCAGGCAGCAUUUAUUCACUAGUUUCCCUGCUGAAAAUGCAGAACAGAACCGUUGUGUCCAUGCUUGUGGCUUCCUGGUCUGGGGAUGAUCUCAUGAGCGUCCUGUCGGUGACCAUCUUCAUGCUUUUGCAAUGGCUAAACGAGGUCCCCGACUACUUGCAGUCUCUAUGCACCACCUCUGCCUUACUCUACUUAUGCCAGGGCCUCUCGAGCAACUUGAAGGCGACUCUCCUAGUCUCCUACAACUUUUACACGAUGCACAGGACUGUAGGGAGCCAGGCAGCCUCCAGAGGAUCCAGCCAGGUGCUCGGCGUGGCACUGACCGUGUGGGCAGCCAGUCUGCUGCUCUCCGGGCUCCCACUGUGUGGCUGGGGCGCCUUCGUGCGCACGCCGUGGGGCUGCCUGGCAGACUGCUCCAGCUCCUACGUGCUGCUUCUCUUUGCUGUGUACUCUUCAGCCUUCGGACUGCUCGCCGCUCUCUCGGUCCCGCUCAUUCACCAGCUGCUGUGUUCAGAUGAGCCGCUGAGACUCUAUGCCAACUACCAGGAAAUUUCCCGCGGAACUUCUACUCCCGGGACCCCAUCAGCUGGAGAGAGAGUGCUUUCCCUGUCCCCAGAUGAUGCACUGGGCCCUGCUCUGCGUUGCUUUGCGGGAUGCUCCCCGAGCUCGGAUACUGUGUUUGGGCCGGUUCCGCCCGAGAGAGCUGAGCACGCGCGCGGCUCGGGGCGCCUUGCCGCCGCUGGGGCUGCAGCCAGCAGGCGUGAGAACCCGGGGACCCUCUAUGGCACCAGGAGCUUCACCGUGAGCAUAGCGCAGAAACGCUUCUCUUUGAUCCUAGCGCUGACAAAAGUCAUUCUUUGGCUUCCCAUGAUGAUCCACAUGGUGGUCCAGCACGUGGUGGGUUUUCAGAGCCUUCCCUUCGAGUCACUCAGCUUUCUACUAACGCUGCUGGCCACCACUGUAACCCCGGUGUUUGUCUUGUCCAAACACUGGACCCACUUGCCUUGUGGCUGCAUCAUCAACUGCAAGCAGGACGCGUAUGCAGUGGCGUCAGACGGGAAAAAAUCCAAGAGAAGAGGCUUUGAAUUCAAUAUAUCAUUUGAACGAAUUUAUGGAAUUUAUAAAAUAGCACAUGAAAAUUACUAUGAUGAUGAUGAAAAUUCUACAUCCUAUCACAAUCUCAUGAACUAUGAGUGCAAAACUACAAAAGACUCUCAGAGAGGCACUCAUAAUAUCUUCAAUGCCAUAAAAGUGGAAAUCAGCACCACCCCCUCUCUGGACAGCUCCACGUUAAAAGGCAUUAACAAGAGCACCAACACUGAUAGUCCAGAGGCUCAAGAGGACUCCCACAAUGAAAAGGGUGUUGAUCCACUGCUCUUUAAAAAAUCAGAAGGUGAUAUUCACUAUGAAGAAACUACCUUUUUGGAAGGGCCAGAAAGAAGACUUUCUCAUGAGGAGAGUCAGAAACCAGACCUUUCAGACUGGGAAUGGUGUAGGAGUAAAUCAGAAAGAACUCCUCGUCAGCGUGCCGGUGGUGCCCUUGCCAUCCCCUUGUGCGCCUUCCAGGGCAUGGUGUCCCUCCAGGCCCCCACGGGGAAAACGCUGUCCCUCUCUACCUACGAGGUGAGCGCCGAAGGACAGAAAAUAACUCCAGCCUCUAAGAAAAUAGAAGUCUAUCGAUCCAAAAGUGUUGGCCAUGAACCGAACUCAGAAGAUUCUCCGUCCACGUUUGCAGACACCAGUGUAAAAAUACACCUGGAAGUUCUUGAAAUCUGUGACAAUGAAGAGGCCUUGGACACGGUGUCCAUCAUUAGCAACAUCAGCCAGUCUUCUGCGCAGGUCAGAUCUCCGUCCCUACGUUACUCACGGAAAGAAAACAGGUUUGUUUCAUGCGAUUUGGGAGAAACAGCCUCAUAUUCUUUCUUUUUACCCACGAGUAACCCCGAUGGUGACAUCAACAUCUCCAUCCCGGACACCGUGGAAGCACACAGGCGCAACAGUAAAAGGCAGCAUCAAGACAGGGAAGGCUAUCAAGAGGAAAUCCAGUUGUUAAAUACAGCUUACAGGAAACGAGAGGAAGAAAGCAAGGGCAGCUAGUGACCGCUUGGUCUCAUGCAGGCGAGGAUGGCUCUGCAACUUCAAACGGCUAAACUGACCCCUCUGUUCCAAGGCUCUACGGUUUCAUUUUCCACUUGUCGGUCAACAUACGCUUUACAGAUCUGCUACUUCAUUAUUUUCAGUGCAAACAGCUGGAACUAGCGCCAACACUUAAGUGCUUUUGAUGUGUUACCUAUAGAUCGCACACUGUGGUAAUUAAAGGAUUUGUUUCUCACCCAAUUUCUGAAAAUCUUUUCUAAAUCAAAUCUUGGCCUAGUUUACUAAUAUUUUGCCUAUGCUUGUCAACCUCAGAGUCAACAAAAAUUGUAUAAACUGAGUAAGUAUAUUGUCCCCAUGCACAUGGUUCUAUAUAUAAUGUUAGUCUUUAAACUGCAAGGGGAGAAAAGAGACAUUAGGGGAUUGGAAGAAAUGUAGCAAAACUCUGAGUUGUAUUUGAAGAUGCUUGCCAAAAUGGGGCCAGCAGAGCAGGCUCGUUGCAGUUACAGCUUUAGCUUUACACUGAUGUCUAGAAAGUUUAUUCUUCUGAAAAAUGGCAAAAUAACUUCCAACCUCCAACCAUGCAUGUCCCCAGUCUCUAAAUAGUCAUUUCCUUCAUUUCUAUAAAAUACAGAUUGCUUACUGAAUUUUUCUUUUCUUUCUCUCUUUAACAGUGAUUUGCUUUCAUCUUUUCAGUAUAAAACUGCCCUUAAAGCAAAUAUUUUUCAUGUUACAAGGGGAAUUAGAAACAGUCCUUAACUUGAAACAUUAUUGGGAAAGGUUGUAAAUGCAAACUUCAUCAUUUCUAGAAGGGUUUUGUUUGUUUAAAUGGAAGUUGAGGAAAAUACCAACCGAUGAAGUCCUGUUAGGUGCACCGGAGUAGAGUAACAAACUUCUGGGUAAAGCAGAGGAAAACACUCUUAAGUCCGAAAUAAAAGUGUCCAUUUCUAAAGUUGCAGAUUUGACCAACUUCCUUAGCCAUUCUUGAAGCACAGAAAAGUUUAGUUCAAAUAGUAUUCCAGCUUUAGCUGCUUUUUAAUUUCUUUCCCAAAGAUAUGUGCAUCUCAAGCAAAGAAACAAUUCAAUAUAUUUUAUAAAAUAAAUGUGAGGUACAUACUUCAGGAUUUAAAAAAAUCAAGAUUUAAAGAACACAAGAAUUGGAUUGGAAAACAGGAACAAACUUGUCCUUUCUGUGUUCUAUUUUUUUUUCCCCCUCUGGACUUGGGCCUAUGCUUGGGCAACUGAAGAAAAAAAAAAGAACUUGGUUGUUGAAUUAACUAUACAAUAGAUACACUUAAAAUCCCUGCUGUAUUGAGACAAUACCAGGAUAAUUUAGCCUAAAGCCCUAGUUUGAAAGGCUAACCAGCACCACAUUACUAACCUGUAACACUUCAAAUUCUAAACCAACAGUAGUUGAAUCUGCAAAAACCCUCUACAGCGGUAGUGUGUAAGUGUGAGUGGUUCGUCCUCCUAAGCCUUGUUAGGAGAGGGGAAGGUUAAGCUGUACCAGUAUCAAACCCAGCUACUCUUUAACGUGAUUGUGGUUGUAAAAUGUGUUUCUGGUAUAAUAGGAAAUUAUAUAAUACCCUUAUAGAUAUCUUGUACCAUAUUUAAAUAUCUUACCCUUGCAUUAUUAUAUUGUUCUUAUUAUUAAUAAAUACUAUGUUUCAUAUCAU